UAUCUAACCAUCCUGCUAGGGGCAGGGAUGCUUGCAUUUCUAGGUGCAGUGAUCUGCAUCAUUGCAAGCAUCGCCCCGGGAUUUCCGGGAUCUGUCCCUGGUGCUGAAAAUGAAGCCGGAGCAUUGCUUGCAACCCAAAGCGGCGCUGGAGCUGCCCGCGGUGCUGAUAUGGGUCGAGCCGGUGUUCCCGCACCUACCCCAAGCCAGGGCACUGCCAUCGAUCCUGGUGCUGGCAAAGCUUCCGUGAGCUCUGGGCUCGGAUAUGGCUCGGAUUCACUCAUGGGCACUGCCAGUCGCUUCCUCUGUCUGCCUUUGGCUCAGGAUUGCCCUUCCCCGUCGAUCCGGGAGGAUCUGCUGCUGCUGAGGAGUACGGCCGACCAUCUCCGCCAGAUGGUCACCCAGCAGGAGAAGCAGAUCGCCAGCGACCAGCAGACCAUCAGGGAACUGACCAGCAAGCUCAGCCAAUGCGAGAAUGGCCAGGAACUGAGCUUCUUUCAAAACAAUCCCGAGGAAUACGCAUGGGACCUUGGGCGAAACAGUUUGGAAGACGGGACUGAGGAAUCUGACUGGACAGUGUUAGAUCUGGAGCAGACCGUCCACUCCCUGAAGGACAGCAUUGAAAAUCUGGAGGGGGAGCUGUUGUCCCGGGGCAAUGGUUCCUCGACGACGCUGUCUGGCCUGCAGCAGGUCCACUUCUACCAGAAGAUGCAGGAGCUGGAGGGCCAGCUGCUUUCGAAGCUCUCUGAGCUCGAGAGGGAGCGCUCCUUCCUGCAGAACAAGAGCGACCGGCAGAGGCACCGAAUGGAGGAGCAGCUCCAAGCCCUUCACCAGCGCAUCGACAAUCUGGAGAAAGAAACCGCUGCUUAUAAAUUGCAGGAAAGUUACAAAAUAUCACUGCCUGUGCGGACAAACUAUAUGUUCGCCCAAAUGAAGAGGAGCCUUCCGGAACUCUACACCCUGACCAUCUGUGUGUGGCUCAAGUCUAAGGCCAGUGUGGGGAUGGGAACCCCUUUCUCCUACGCCGUGCCUGGACAGGCCAAUGAGAUUGUCUUACUCGAGUCGGGGAAGAAGCCUACUGAACUGCUGAUCAAGGAUAAAGUGGCGCGGCUUCCAUUGAAGAUUAACGACGGAAAGUGGCACCACGUGUGCAUCACCUGGACGACCAGGGAUGGCCAGUGGAAGGCUUACCAGGACGGCACGGGGCAGGGAUCGGGGGAUAACUUGGCACCUUGGCACCCAAUCAAGCCGGGAGGCACUCUGGUCCUUGGGCAGGAGCAGGACAUGGCCGGCGGGAGAUACGAUGCUGCCCAAGCUUUUGUCGGUGAGCUGGCGGAGUUCAACGUCUGGGACCGGAUUCUGACAGCAGCCGAGAUCCAGAGCAUCGCCAACUGCUCGUCCGAUCCGGUGGGCAACGUCCUGUCCUGGGAGGGCAGCGGGCUCGAUCUGUUCGGGGGGGCGACCAAGUGGCCUUUCCAGAGGUGCAGCCAAAGUACCGUCUCCAGGGAGGACUGAUCCUUCGCCCCUUGGCGUUGCCUGCCCUUCACUGGGCCAGCCUCUGCACCCUUCACUAUGUCUCCAGUGUGGCUGGGGAGCCUCCAGGGGUGCGUGACCGACAAUGAGCGCAGGCGAACGAGAGUCAGGCUUCUCCAAGGCCAACACUCCGACUGGAAGCCUCGCUCACCAGUCCAGACCUGCACGCGUCUGACCGUGCUUCCCAAUUGUCUGUUCCCAGCGGAUGAGGCAAACGCUUGGAGUGUUGGAUUGGAAAACCAGUACCCCUGCAGGCACUGGCCAACAAUCAUGUACCAUUCCAGUGUACAUAGCUGUUCAUGUGUGGACCUACACGCUUGGGGGCAGGGGGUCACCAGGCUUUCUCUGGCCAAUGUGUGGUAAUGUGUUGAGUGAGGGUGUAAACUUGUUCGUUUUGAUAUUCAUGAUAUUCAGAUGAACCCUUUCUGUUUGUGCUUCUGACAUCACAAACUCACAGAGCCCAGGUCAAUAAUCUCACUACCCCAGAUUCAACAGAAGACUAUUGGCAAUCUCCAGGAGGUUUGCGGUCUGAUUUAUGCCCUUCUGAGUACACAUGGUCCUCAAGCAUCAGACUAACACCUGAGACCCUGAUUGACCCUCAGUUCUCUAAUUAACUCACAAGAGGACGUAAUUUUAAGGUGAUUUUAAGGGAAGUUUUUUACACAAAGAGUGAUGGAUGGGUGCAUUGAAUGCCCUUGCAGGAGUGGUGGUAGAGGCAGAUACAUUAGGGGCUUUUAUGAAACUCUUAGAUACGCACAUAGUUGAUAGAAACAUGGAGUGUUAUGUCUGAGGGAUUAGAUUGAUCUUAGAGUAAGUUAAAAGGUUGACACAACAUCGUGGGUCCAAUAGCCUGCUCUGCAUUGUAAUUUUCUAUAUUCUAUCUUUAGUAAGUCCUCCAAUAAUCCCACAACGAUGCCUCAAUUAACCCUGUAUCAAUCUUGAGUCUCUAGGCCUUAAAGGAUCCUCGGUUUCCCAAUUAUCCUCACUUGAGACUCGAUCUUCUGACCCCCCAAUCGAUCCUUAAACUUUAGUUGACAAUUGAUUCUUUAAUAACCUGUCUCACUCAAUGCUUAAGCUGAAGGGUUCGUCCUUGUGCCAACCAGUUAGACGCCCAGAAGUAGAAAAACCUGUAAAAUUCAUCAAAUCUCUUCAGUUUGUACCUUUUGGUGUUCUCAAUGGGGAACUGUUGUAGUUUUUUUAAAGCAGAAUUCUUUGUUAAAUGUAAGUUGUUUAGGACAUUAGAAAAUAACAUUGCAGCUUAAGUCCAUAAUGUUGGCUCUAAGGGUAUCCCAGGGACGAUAGCCACCUCUCAAACAACAACCGAGUACUGAGACCGUAAACAUAGAACGAGGGUGGUCACCUGAGGGGAUGUAAUGGCCUCGUUUUGAUCUGACCUUUAUGUUGUAACGUACUUUGAACUUUAUUUGUUAAUCUCAGUAUUGUCAAAGAUAAUCAUUUGCAUAUGUAUCGGAUGAAUUUGACGUCAAAGGCCGGUGUAGGUAAAGUGGAGAUAUUUGCAGUCAGUUGAUCUGGCUCCAGUGUUGGACAAUAUUGUCCAUCUAACUCUGACCCGGGGUUAUAAAGAGGUAUAAAUACUAGGAAGAUGGUCCCUCCACCAGGGAUUAAGUAUUGUCCGUGCACAACCCUCAGUAUAAAUAUUUAGAUAGCAGGACAGUACGUCUGUCAAAAUACAAUGCAUUAUUGGAAAUAACUCGGAAGAUAUGCAGCUCGGCUGGUUGAUGGUUGGGUUGAGUUGUUCUCCAUUCCUGGGAAUCCAUUUGCAAACGUCUCGCUACCACGCGAGGAGACGUCAUCAGUGCUGUUCAUUUGUGGCGUGCCCUCUGAUUGAAGUGCACACUGACGGUGUUGCCUCGUAUGGUGACGAAACGUAUGCAAGUGGAUUGCCAAGAUAGGAGAACAGCUCAACCCAACCAAAAUGUAUUAUUGAAGUACAUAUGCUAUCAUAUACUACCUUGAGAUUUAAUUCCUUGCAGAGUAAAUCAAUAGAUACAUACAGUGGAAGGUUACAACUCUGGACAUCCACAGGAAGGGUUUAUAUCACUUCCUGAGUCCUUAUUCUGCCAUUGUUUUCUCUAGUGUGGACACCAUGGGCCAAAUAUCCUUUUUUUGUGCCAUAAACUCCACCCCACCCUAUUUUUUAAACAACCCCCACCUAUCCCUUGUCUCCUAUCUUUAAUAAUCCAUCAGCAGUAGUUUUCAAAGAAACACUAUAUUUUUAUUAACUUCCCUCUGAUAAUUCUCCUUGGUGGUUCUGUGACCAUUGAGACUCCAGGGGCAAUUUAAAGAGAUGGACAAACCUCAGAGAGUUGCUGCUCCUUGAGCUGUAGAAUGGAGAUUCGCCUCAUCAUGGUGAAGCAACCGUCAGUUUACAAAUGUUACUGGUAAACGCUCACUGAAUGACAUGUCCGCUUCUCCCCCCAUGUACAUGAACUCUGGAUUUUGACAUGUGUCCUUCGCAUGUGUUAAUCUGUUGGUUGUUAAAUGUGACCUGAUUCCGACAAGGAUGCUGAACCCAUUCUCCGCUCACGUAUGAGCGAUGCUGCUAUUGUCCGUGUCUUUCAGUCGCUGAAUAUUGAUGGUCUGUCAAUCUCUUACGAACCAAUCACUAGUUAAUAUCUUUCGAUACUGUGUGGUAUUUGUGGUGACUUAAUGCGGAUUCUGUUACAUCGGAACCAUUAAAUGGGCUAC